AGAGGGGCGGGGCAGCGGGGGCCGGCGGCGGCGGAGCGGCGGCGGGAAGGGUUGCCCUGGGGGUCGGCGGCCGCGGCGGGAACGAUGCCGGUGCAUUCCCGGGAGAAGAAGGAGAACAACCACGAUGAGAUGGAGGUGGACUACGGGGAGAACGAGGGCAGCAGCUCGGAGGAGGAGGAGACUGAGAGCUCGUCCGUGUCGGAGGAGGGGGACAGCUCAGAAAUGGAUGACGAGGAUUGUGAAAGGAGGAGGAUGGAGUGUUUAGAUGAAAUGUCCAAUCUUGAAAAGCAAUUUACAGACCUUAAAGAUCAGCUUUACAAAGAAAGAUUAAGCCAAGUGGAUGCAAAACUACAAGAGGUCAUAGCUGGAAAAGCACCUGAAUAUUUAGAACCAUUGGCAGCUUUACAAGAAAAUAUGCAAAUCCGAACGAAAGUGGCAGGUAUCUAUAGAGAGCUUUGUCUGGAAUCUGUGAAGAACAAGUAUGAAUGUGAAAUUCAAGCCUCUCGACAGCACUGUGAGAGUGAAAAGCUUCUGUUGUAUGAUACUGUACAAAGUGAACUAGAAGAGAAGAUUAGAAGACUUGAAGAAGACAGGCAUAGCAUUGACAUUACCUCAGAAUUAUGGAAUGAUGAGCUACAGUCCAGGAAGAAAAGGAAGGAUCCAUUUAGUCCAGAUAAGAAGAAACCUGUUGUUGUAUCAGGCCCCUAUAUAGUUUAUAUGCUACAAGACCUUGAUAUACUUGAAGACUGGACAACAAUAAGGAAGGCAAUGGCUACACUGGGGCCACACAGAGUAAAGCCAGAACCACCUGUCAAAUUAGAAAAGCACCUACACAGUGCUAGGUCUGAAGAAGGAAGACUGUAUUACGAUGGAGAGUGGUAUGGACGUGGACAGACGAUAUGCAUUGAUAAGAAAGAUGAAUGUCCUACAAGGAGGUAUGGGGAGGGGGUUGCGUUCACUAUUUGGAUUAAGGUUUACCACAAGGGGCAUAAAAGCAGGGUUCAUUGCCAUAAUUACAACAAUUAACCAUGAUGAAGUCUGGUUUAAAAGACCGGAUGGAAGCAAGUCCAAGCUGUAUAUUUCUCAGCUACAGAAAGGAAAAUACUCAAUAAAGCAUAACCACAACUGACCAUUGGUAACCUGUGAAACAAGUGGUAUUGCCAUGCUUGAUGUGCCAUGGGGUGAAAGUUGUAUUUAGCAGUGUUUUGUAUUCCUUAUAAAUUUACAGCAGUAUCUGAUGUGUAUUUGUAGUGCUGUAUGUAAACUUCAUAUGGACAGGCUUCAGAAACCUGAGGAUGGUAAAUCAUGUUGACAAACAUUUUACCUCUAAAUUGGGUCCAGUGCCUAAGAUAUGAAGUAUGCUCUUCAAGUAUAAUGGCUCAGAACUUCUCAUGUUUGUAAAGUGAAAAAAUAAAGAUUUAAAAAAAAAAAAUUUUUUUUUUUUUCCCAUUGGUGACCAGUUGAUGUGAUUGAUAAAAAUGAUAACUGUAAUUACCAGCAACUCACUUUUUUUUUCAGUGAACAUGUCAUGCUUCUCUUGUGGAUGUAAAUUUAGCCUGUUCAGCUGUUGCUUUUGAAUAGAUUGUAACAUGAAUAAGCAUUCUUUUAUCCAAAGCAGACUGAUUUAUUAAAAUUAUUACCCUCCACAGCUUUGCUAGUACUGACUGUGUUAUAUUUUGUAAGGUUUACUGUAUUGCUUGUAAUGGGACAAAGCCAAUAUUUGGAGCUACAUUUUUUGAGGAGCACUUUUCUGAUUUAGGAUCCUAUUCUGUAGUAAACAAAUUGUUGGUAAUUUUUUUUUUUCCCUUCCCCAGAUUUCCAGCAAAAUUUAUGCGUGAAGUAGACAGUGUUGCUCCAAACCUGUAUUAUAUGUAGCCCACAAAGAAUGACAUGUAAAUACUGUUGCAUGCUCUGCUUGUUUGGUCCACAGUUGUAUGAAAUACUAUGAGUCUUUUUUUCGAAAGGAAAGUAUUUCCCCAGAAAUCAUAUAUGUGGGAAAAUUUACACUGACUUUUCCACCAAACACCAUUUUCCAAAUUUCUGUACCCUACUUCAUUUUAUUGUACACCAGAAUUAUUUUAUGCAGCUUAGAAAGCUGAAUUUCUCUUAAAUCUUACUGUUUAAGCCACUGAGAUAAGUCCUAAAUCCUUGAUGUUUCUGUGAUGUGCUUGGAGCAUCUAGAUUGACAGAGGGGAUUGCUGAAGAAUUAUUAAUGCUUUGGUUAUGUGCACUUUAAUCUCCAUUUAUGAUGAUUUUACUUGGAGAAAGAAAGCAUCCAUUUGCUUUAAAUGAUCACAGCAAAUAAGUAUUUUUAUUGUAACAUAUAAAUGUUUUAUUCCUAUAUUAAUUAUCUCUUCUAGUGCAGGGUGGUAACUACUUUCCAAAUGCCAAAUCAGUUUCUGCUGACUGAUGCUUUUCUACAGUUGUAUGACAUUAUUAAUCAAAUGUACAUAAAGUAUCAAUUGACAUGUUGGCUUUUAACAAUAUGAACUGUAUGUAUACAGUUGUUUGAUAAACUUUUUGUAAUAAAAUAUUCGUAUUUUUUAACUUAGUAUAUAAAUAAAUGAUCUGUGGUAGUGGACAUCUCUUA